AUGUUUCACUCGUCGAAGCCGUAUUCGGCUGUGACGGUCCAGAUCGAGGUCCUCACCAGCGAACAAUAUGAGGUGGAAGAUUCCAGUGGAAUCGUGGAUCUUAUCGAGGCCAUUCGCAUCCAGGCCAGUGGUCCUACGGAAGCGAGUCGCGCUUUGCGUAAGAAGCUCAAGUAUGGCAAUCUUCACCGCCAAUUGCGAGCCCUUACAAUCCUCGACUUCCUAAUCCAGAACACCGGCGACCGCUUUCUGCGGGAAUUUGCAGAUGAGCCCUUACUGGAACGACUACGAAUCGCUGCGACCGACCCGGUUUCCGAUCCCUUGGUGAAAGAGAAAUGCAAACAGCUCUUCGGGCAAUGGGCUGCCUCAUACAAGAACACUCCCGGCAUGGAGCGGGUUACAGGUCUCUACAGACAAUUACCGAAGCGUAAGCAGCCGGCUACUCAGGCAAAAGCCAAAGUGUUGCGAGAUGCGGGGCAAUCCGACGAACCUACGAUGGGCCAUACGGUGUCCGUGUCAGCCGGAAAUGGACCUGCUACAGUUCUCAGUGGCCCCAAACACAAGCACACAUCCAGCAAAUCGUCCCUCUCAUCUUUUAGGAAGGAGAAGAAGGAGAAGAAGACACUAAGCAGGUCUUUCAACCUCGAGAAAGAGAAGCCGGAAAUGCUACAGACCCUCGCAUCAGCCUCCGUCGCCAGCACCAACCUCCUCAACGCCCUCAAGCUCGUCAACCGCGAAACUCACCGGGUCAGCGAAGAUGCCGAAGUCCUCAACCGGUUUGAGACUUGCAAGACAUUACGGCGCCAGAUCCUGCGAUACAUCCAGCACGUGGAAAGCGAGGAAUUUCUGGGUAGUUUGAUUCACGCAAACGAAGAGCUAGUCACCUCACUUAUGGCAUUCGAAGUCUUAGACAAGAGUGUAGACUACGACAGUGACAGCGACCAGGACGUCCUGGAGACGGGAUGGACCCCUGACCGCGACGACCUGCCCGACUCAUUCGCAGGGCUGGUUGUCAACCCUCCGAAGCCACCUCGUCCCCCUCGCCCCUUGAGCAUAUCUGUACCAUCCUCAUCAAGGAAAGUCUACAAUGACAGCGAGUCAGAGACGGAAGACGACGAUGAUGAGGACAAUCCAUUCGGCGACCGCAACGCCAUUCGCACCCCUGGCAUUGAGAAGCAUGAACCUACCUGGAGAGAAGUUUAG